GCGACCGCCUCGGGCACGUGGCUCGCCAUGGACACGGCGAUCAAGCACCUGAGCCACGAGCGCCUCGAGGACUUGGCGAGGGUCUUGAAGAUUAUCACGCUGUCCGACGUCCCGGACAAUUAUGCGGUCAACGCCAGGUUCAAAAGCUUCGUGUGUUCCACGUUGCCGCGGAACGUGCUCUACACUCCGCACGGCUGCGCGGUCCACCUCGUCCAGCGGGUCAUGGCAGGGGCGCUGAACAUGAAGAAGUUGGCCGGCGAUGUGCACGCUGUUUGGAAGACGUUGCGCCACCCCCGGAACGUCGAUAAGAUCAGCGCGGUCGCGACAGGGAUAGUUCGAGAUAUGUUGAUAUUGCCUGGCCCUCCGCCGGACCCGAGGUGGCGAGCGCACGCUCGCGAAGUCCUCUCGCACACGAUCCUGCGGGUCAUGGACCACACCCGCGGCAGCAUUACGAAGUUGACGAUGGACGGCGACGGCGACGUGGCAGCGGCCACCCGCCUGACCGACGAGGCGAGCCCGGGCGACCCGCACAGGGCCCGCCUUCACGCAGCUCGGAUGGCGUUGCGAUUCUUGAACGGCGACUGGACUGGCGAGCAGCUGAUCCACUACGAGGUAGGCUGUUGCGAGAACCACGCGAAGGCGCGCGAGAACGUCCACGCGGCGUUGUGCCGUUUGCUUGAGGGUUUCACGUCGACAGAGCCGAGCACGUCCAGAUGGGGAUCUACGACGGAGGCCUUGGCAGAGCAGUGCGGGGGCGCGAUGUGCCACGGCAUGCUGCCGCGCUGUCUGGACACGGCGUUGCGCGGCAGGAACCAGGACGAGGAGAACGACGAGGACGCCGACGACUUCAAGCUGGAGUUGAGGAAGAAAGCCAACCGCGCCAGGAACGUCAUGAACGACAGCAGUCUCAUGAGGCAGUAUUCGAUUCUCUCUUGGUGCGCGGAGCCCAUUGACCACCUCUGGGUGAGCAUCCAGUGGCUGGACGUGCACGCGACCCCUCUCAUGGAUCUUCAGCGGCCUGGUAGUCCGUUCGCCUUGUGCCUCAAGAACUCAGCGAAGCUGUUCGUCGAGGACGUGGCCGCGUCUCCACUUCAGUACGUGUUCAGACAUUUUGGCGGCGACGCCGAGGCCGAGCUCGACCUCGUCGCGCAGGCGCAGGACCUUCUUCUCGGCAUCAUGGCCCAGAUCGACUGGAGGUUCAUUCGCAUGUACUCGCAGUGGCCGCACCGUCUGACCAACCUUGUCGACGGGCGCCUGAGCGAGGAUGAGCGGAUCCGCGAGUUCGACGCCUUCUGGGGCGAGGACGAGUGCUGCCUCGACGAUGGCUUUACCAACAAGUUGCGCAAUCUCUACGACAGCAAGGAGGAGCUGGCGGCCGAUGGCGUCGCGCUGAAGGCCAUUGAGACAUGGGCCAAGAAGACGAAACUCUGCAACAUGCAUCUCGAGAGAGACCUGGCCCUCAUCAGGAAGGCGUCCCCGUGCAAGAGCCCGCAGGCCGAGAGGUACUCUGCGUGCGGGCUCCUAUCGCAGUGGCUCUGUCGCCACAGGGCCGCUGGCGGCCGGGACCCUCGCGCCCACGAGUCGGCGGCCGAUCUUGUGCGGAGAGGCGUGCCAUUGCAUCGAGGCGCUUCGAGGGCUAAGGCCAGGGGGAUUCAACCUUCCAACGCGAGGGGGGUGCUCAAGUACAUCCACGCGCACGAGACCAAAGGCCUCUCCAAGGGUGAGCACUACGCCGAGAUGAGGCGCCUGGCCGCCGAUUUCAAGGAAGCCUCCGACGAGGUGCAGGUUACCUACAGGGGCGAGGAGGUCGACAACGCCGAGGAGCGGGAGUCCGUUGCGGAGGCGGAAGCCAACCUCGAUGUACUCGAUGAGCAGCAGUAUAAGUACAAUAUCGGAGAUGGGCUCUGGGGGCUUUCGACGUCAAAACAUCCCAUUGAUGUUGGUAAAGUGGGCGACGUGAUUGCGGCUCAAGUUCCUCCUCCGCCUAAUGGCGGCAAGCAGUUUGGCAUGAGGCGCUACGUCGGGCCGCUCAGGCAGCGCCUGAAGGACCGCAUGCUGGUCGUCGACGACGGCGACCGGGGCAUCGACCCAGCUCUCGACCUACGCCUUCGGCAACCUUGUUGGUUGGCGCACCCGGGUUUGUGCCGUGCGAAGACGCCCGACAUCUUUGAUGCUGGCCUGCGGGCAUCUCGCAACUUGGAGGCGUUCUUGUUCGACGCCUGCGCGGUGGGCGACUUCAUUCGCUUGCGGCGCUUCACGCCCGAGGGCGAGGAUGGGGAUGAUCAGCCAUUGGAGGUAUACUACCGCAUCUCUUACAUUCGCAGGGCACACGGGAAGGUUGUGGCGUUCUUCCCCGCAUAUCUCUUCGGCGGGAAAUUGGAGAUCCGAUGCGGCGAGCAACGGGUGAAGACGAUGGUGUGCAGCGAGAUCGCCGCCUCCCUCCUGAGCGGCCCCCGCGUGGCGGCAGUGCUGGCCGCCGACGGCUUCAUGGUGAUCAUGGCCUCGAAGUGUCGCGCGCAGCGGGUACCUCGAGAUCUGCAGCGCGUGGAGCUGCGCGGUUUCGAGGCCGAGAUCGACAUUAUGAACGGGGACUUCAGGAAAUCUAAGGCCGACGCCGACAAGCUGAAUAAGAAACUUUCACAUCCAAUCGAAGCUGGUUUCAAGCAGAUCGGCCGGAUGGAGGCUGAGCCCAAGGAGAAGCGCCGCCGCAUUGCCGUGCCUGCCGCUGGCGUCGCGCUGGCGCCGCCACACAACAGCGACUCGGAAAGGUUCACUGGCUCGUCGGGCUCCGAUAGCAUCGACCCCCGCCAUGGCGAGGGCGGAUCUUCUUCUGCAUCCGAGGACGGAGGCGGCGCCCACCCUGAUCCUGGGGGCGGAGAUGGCGGCGGCCCGCCUGGCCCCGAAGGCGGCGGCGGCGAUCCACCUGGCCCCGUUGGGGGAGACGGAGUUCCGCCAGCUCCAGGUGGCGGCGGCGGUGGGGGUGGCGGGCCGCCAGCCCCGCCGGCGGCCGUUGGCGGGAAUACCUACUGGCCCGUGUUCGACGAAGAUGGCAGGGUGAUCGGCUCCAUUGUCUGGAACAAUGCUGGCCAGAGUUUGGAUGCCCAUUGCAAGUGCGAGCACCAUAAGGGCGGCCUGCCGUGCCAUGUCAACAGGACGAUCAAUGGCAAUCCCAAAAAUAGGAAGGGCAGGCCAUUGGCUUUUCUUAUCUUGUGGAUCCGCUCGUGCAACGAUCACGCCACGCGGGACGACCACUUCUUCGCCCGCCUUGGCAUGGGCGAGCACUCGGACGCC